GUUCUUGAUUAAUCAUAAGAAGAAAUGAAUCGGUUGCUGCGGGCUUCGCCGGCGCCCGUCCGUGGUCGGAUACCGGCGGUGGUGGCGGCGCAGCUGCUGCUCCGGCAGGGCAAGCCCAAAGACGAGAGCCUCGAUCUCUUCUCCGCGAUCCCGCUGAGCGAAUCGCCGACGAUCUCCUCCCCCGCCGUCGCCGAGGAGGGAGUGUUGGGGAGAGCAGUGGAGUGGAGGAUGAUGAUCUGUUCUACGUGGGCGUUGAAAAGAGCGAUUACGAUUGGCUACUUACACCCCCUGGAACUCCUCUCUUUUCCUCAUGCAAUGGAGUUGAACACCAACCAUCUUCAGCUUCUGCAAAAAGCACUUCAGAAGUUGGAUCAGCUUUAGCUAUAAAGCCUUCAAGGCUGGGUCUGGCUCCGGCUGCGGCGGCCUUCGGCGGGGUCGGCUCCGCCGCAGCAGCGGAGGUGGCAUACUCGACGACGCAAGAGAGGAGGAACCCGGCAGGGGAGGGGUGGCGCCGGCAGUCACCGCAGCCGCGGCCGGCCGGGCGCCGGCAAUCUGCCGGCAGAGGAGCGGGGCGGAGGCGGGUUCCGGCUAGCAUUUUUGUUUUAUCUUACUUUUUCUUUUUUUCUUUAUAAUCAAAUCUAAUUAUUUUCUCUUA